AGGAGGUGAUUGUUGGGGAGUUAUUAGAGAAAGCAUUGCUGUAGCAAGGGAAUGAGAGCAAAGGAAAGAGGACACCAGAAAAACACAGUCAGAUUUUAAGAUCGUAAGAUAAUAUUUCUUGGACUACUGACAAAAUAAGGAGUCAUGUUGGGGUGUGGAUGUCCUGUCAUCCUUCUUCUCAGCAUCAGCUUUCUGGACCUCUCCUUUGUGUCAUCAUCAUCUUCAUCAUCUCAGAGCACUCGACCCCGUUCCCACUCUUCUGUAGGGAAUGAUUACUACAGUCUAUAUGAGGACGCCAUCACUGAUCCUCCCAGCUCAUCCUCAACUCAAUCAGAACUCCCAGAUCUCAAUCCGUGCAAUUAUGAUAUGUGUGUGGAGCAGCAGCAUACCUGCCUGGAGCUUGCUGAAGCCACAGGCUGCCUCUGCCCGGGGUUGAGCAAUGGUUUCACUCCCCCUAGUCCACCGCACCUCUUGACUCUGACUCAACUGGGUGGCAAAGGGGUUUUGGUGCACUGGUGUGCUCCCACCUCCACUGUCACCAACUACAAUGUCAAGGUGAUGAGGAAUGGCAAAAUAAUGGAGAAGAUAGAGGUGGAGGAGAGAAAGAGGGCAGCACUAUUGGAGGAUGUUGAGUCUGGUAUGCACAUAUGUGUAGAAGCUGUGAAUAAAGGUGGCGUCAGUGCAGAGGAUCAUAAGUCUUGUGCCACAUUUGAACCCCAAAAUACAGACACUGGACUUGCUCUGAAGCUGGGCAUUGUUGGUGGUGUGGUGGGACUCAUACUGCUGCUGAUUCUGGCUCUGCUGCUGUGGAGACACAAAUCACGGCAGAAAUUCACCACGCGGACCGAGACUGAGAGAGUUCUGUAACGUCUGUGUGUGUAUGUUGCCAAAAAAUGCACUUUUACUUCAUCUCGGUAUGAAUGAUGUGAGUAAAUGAAUGACUGUGGACUGAUCACUCACUGUGAGUGUGCUUGAUAGAGGGAGUGUACGAAUGACUCAGUGAACAUGAACAGAAAGAGGGGCUUAGAGAAGAUGGACGAAUGACUCAGCACAUUCUUCUCAUUUGCUCGUCAGUGUCUUCCAAUGUGAUUUAGGACAGAGACAAAUUGUAUACUGGUGGUGUGCUGACUCCAAUUGUGACCACCGUUUCGAGCCCACUUCCUGAUCACAAACACAUUUUAAACUUGUGUAGCCUAUGUCUGUUUAUUCCUCCUGUGUGUUUAAAAAAAAAAGAAAAGGCUGAUUCACUGUUUUUCGCAUUUAGAUUUAGGCCGGGAUCAGAUCAAACUAUAUUUGUACACAUUUUAGGCCACUUUGGUAAGAAGGAGUUUGCUUGGAGAAUCUGUGUAGAUCUUACUAAAUAAAAGAUUUUUGUAUUUUUUGGAAGUUUUAGAUCCUAAUAAAAUAAAAUGUAUAUUCCCAUACAA